AUGUCAAACCCCAAUGACCCUUGCACCUCCGAUCCUCCCGGAACAGGAUGGGUGCCCCUGGUGAUCGCACCACCACCACGUGCACCUCAUUCUGCGUCUGAGGCAGCAGCAGCAGCAGACCAAAGCGAAGCACAAAAACUCCCGCCGCAAGAUCAAAGUCAAACCACCACCACCAGCGAGAAUCAUACCCAGAACCAGAACCAGAACCAACUCGACGCCGAUGCCGAUGCCGAUGCCGAUGCCGAUUCCAAUCCACCACCCUCGCUUCUUCCUCCCCCCACUGAACUUGUGCACCUUUCGUCGGAGCCGGACUUGUUUUGUCGUGUCAGGACGGGAACGCCAACGGACGAGCAACUCAUCCUGCUUGCAGCUGAAGCACAGAAGAAACACGAAGAGGGGCUGCCUGCUGAACAACAUCUCACAGCUUGGCAGAAGCAGCAGAAAGCGCAGGAGCUCAAGAAGAAGAUACAAGCCAAACUGCCCUUUCAAUACCUGAACCAGAAGAGAACCAACGAGGGAAGGCUUUUGGGAUUGAUGCUGUGGCGUUAUGGGAUGUUUAAUUUUUUCAUGGAGGAGGUGGAAGAACGACCCGAAUGGAAAGUCUCGGCACCUGGAAAACUCGACGAGGACGACAAGGUGUGGUGUUGCAUGGCGCUCACGGAGAAAGUAGCUGCUGCUUUGUCCACUCCGAUGCAAACGGCAAAGGAGCCUUAUCAACACUGCGGAUACUAG